AUGAUAAAAAAUACAGCUCCCAACAAAUUUGUAGGCAAUAAUAAAAUAGUUGACCCAAAUUAUGAAACAUUAAAAAAUGAAUUUUUCAAAUUAUCUCAAAAUAUAUUAACAAUUUAUAAUUCAUUAAAUAAUAAUAAUAAAACUAUGAAAGAUAUUUACUUAAAUUCAAAUAGUUUUUUAAAUAAUUUAUCAAAUUAUUAUCAUAAUAGUAAUAAUAAUAAUAAUAAUAAUAAUGGGUAUGGGACGACUACUGAACAACAUCCAUUAGGUGAUUAUAGUAAUCAAAUUUUAAUAAAUGUUAAUAAAACAUUCGAAGAAUGGGAAUUUAAUCAAUCUAGUCAUUUUCAAUCAUUGAAUGAUUAUUGUAAUCAAAUUGAACAAAUCAAAUCAAAGAUUGAAAGAUUAGAUAAACAAAUGAACACAGAAUCACAAGAAUAUCAAACUUUAAAAAAUCAAAUAUUUAAAGAUGUUCAACAACUUUUCGAUUCCAGAGUUAAUCAAUUUGAUAUACCAUUAAUUAAUAUACAAUUCUCAUUCAAUAGUUGUUUACAAUCUUUAAAUUCAAAUCAUAAUGAUUCUUCAUUCUUACUUCAACAACCAAUUAAUUUUAAUAAUCCCGUACAAUCAUUACAACCAUUAAAUAAUAAUAGUGGUGUUACACCAUUAAGACAUGCACCACCUGUAAAUAAUCAUCUACAACAAAUACCAAGACCAACCACUUCAUAUACACCACCAAAACAAUAUGUACCAUCACCUCAACAAAAACAUCAUCAAUAUACACCACCUCAACCAUAUACACCACCUCAACAACAACAACAACAACACCAAUAUACACCACCUCAACCAUAUAAUCCACAACCACAACAAUAUCAAGAACAAAUGUAUGAAAAAUCACAAGAACAACCACCAGAACAACCACCAAAUUCAGGACCAAGAAAAGGAAAAUCACAAUUGAAACAAAUUGAAAGACCCACUCAAAUAGAGCUACCUGAUAAAUCAGUGAUUGAACCAAAUCUAAAGAGAAAGCCAGGUGACUUUUUAAGAGAUCCUAAUGCUCCACGUUUUGUUCCUGCUUCAUCUCAACAGCAGCAACAACAACAACAACAACAACAACAACAUAGUAAUAAACCUUCAAUGGAACAUCAUUCAAUGUCAUUAAGUGAAUCUUAUAAACAAAAGGUUGUACUUUCAAAUGAUAUAAAUGAGCAUGGAUCACAAGGAAGUGAUAAUCAUUCCAACACCACUUCUAAACCACCUGUGAGAAAAUUAGAUAAUACAAUAAGAACACCACCAUCAAGACCUACUCCUUUACCAAAAUAA